GACAGACAUCCAUUCUUUAUUCCCACGAUGCCUGCUGUCAAUCAGGGUGGCGGAGGCUCAGAGGAAGGCAUACACCCCUGUCCAACCACUCGUUUGGACCUUGCUGUCCUCUGACAUCCUGAGGGGACACAAGGUCCAGCUCCUGUCUGUAGACUGAUGUGGCCACCCAGGCGGAGUAGGAAGAGAAACCCCAGGGCUCCCUUGGGGCCUGUGCUGCCCCAGCCUGCCUUCCCGUGGGGCCAAGACAGGAAGAGGUCUCAAAGAUCCUCCCCACCAUACUUCUUUGCAGAGGAGGAACACAGGGACCUAGAUAAGACAACGUUCCCCAGUGAGGCAGUGCCCUAACCACAGUCGCACAGUUCCCAUCCCAAAGUGGGUAGCUACAGACACAGUGGACCCCAAACCUUAGGGUUGGCUUUCUCCUCGAUAAGCUGCUUCCUGCUACCCUGAGAGCGUUAGUGAGUGUUUUGGAUGGCAGACGCUGUGCCUACAUUAAGAGGCUUGCCUAACAUCCCAUAGGUAACUGCAGGGAUUGCUCUGGUUAUGCAGAAGAGGAAAUCAAGGCUCAGAGAAGUUGACUUCUGAGGCUAGGGUCACACCGUCCCACCUGGAUCUGCCAGAUCUUUCCAAAGCUGGGCUCUUGAUAUGACCGCUUCCGGCCUUUCCAGGUGAUGGGGAAGGAAGGGUUGGAAUGUGGAAAGGGGAGCUGAGCUGGAAGUCAGGCCCCAUGGCAAAAGAAAAUACCACAACAAUGCCAAACUUUUUCCCAGAAAGGUUCCACUCGGCUUGUUUGGGUCCCUGCCCUCUCUCCCUCCCCGCCACCACGUCCUCUGCUCCACACCUUCUUUCUCCGCCUCCAGAGAGGGGUUUGAUGUCCAGGUUAGUUACACCCAUCCUCUUUUGAUUGUCCUCAGCUAUUUCCCCCCAGGUCAGUGCUAGUUCUGAAGCCACAAAGAUGGGCCUCAUGACCUGGUAGUCACUCCCCUGAAGCAGCACACUGAGUUUUUCUUCCCAGUACUCUGACUCUGCCAUGCUGGGAUCUGACCUCCUGGAAAGAGUAGGAUGGGGCUGAAGGUGGGCUGGGCCCAGUCAGCCCUAAUUCCCAGCCUUUAAACCCCCUCAGCCCCAUGGAGCCUGAAUGCCAUUUAAAUUUUUAUCAUCCUUAUGGAGCUUCAGUUUCUAUCUUUUUUUGGGGGGGCGGGGUUUGAUACAGGGUCUCACUAUGUAGUGCUGGCUGUCCUGGAAUUUACUCUGUGGACCAGGCUGACCUCAAACUCAGAGAUCCACCUGUCUCUGCCUGGUGGGAUUAAAGGUGUGCACCACCACAUCCAGCUGAACUCGGUUUUUUCAUCUAUAUAAUGAGUAUAAGUACCAGUUUCACCAGAUGGUGGGAAUCUGAGUGAUGUAUCAGCUUGGGGACAUGGGAAACAGUGCUGAGUAUAACCCUCUCCCCAGUAGAGAGACCCAUGUCUUUUGGAGGACACAUGAUGCCUUCUGGGUCUCCAGGUGGCCGUACUCCUAGAAUAGAAGGCAUGCAGACCUGGCCCUCUGAACUAUUUCUUGCUUAUCUGGGGACCCUAUCUCUCAAAUCCCCAGUGCCAGCUCCGUUCCAGGCUGUUUUCAGGUCCUACUCUAGCUGUGGGUCCCAACCAUCCGGCAGGAGUAUUGGUGUCGGAGCAGAUAGAUCUGUGCUUAAAGUCCCAGAGGUCCCAGGGGUCCUGUGGCACUCUCUUUGGAGUGUACCAACAGUCUUUCUGAGAAACAGGUCUUGGGAAGAGCACCAGAAUCAAUCUUCCUUUCUCAGAAGACUUGGGAACUCCCAGGGUGGGUCCCAGAGUCCCAGCCCUGCCCUCACCUCUUUUACCCGCUCCGGUUGAGUGAGGUCCAUGGCCUCUUGCCAAUCUUGUAGACUUGGGUGUGGCAGCCACAACUGGGUUAGGAGGACAGGGACAGGUUCCGGGGGUCCCCUCUAAGUCCCUGCUCUCUCUUCUCACUCCACAAGAGACACAGCUUCUCCUUGGCCUCUUCCCGCCAUCCCCCACCCUCACAGCGGCAAGGCUUUGGCUCCCACAGACACAUCCUUACAGGCUGGCCUGGGGCAGGUGACUGGACAGCACGGAGGGCAGGAUAAACGGAGGCGUGGGCCCAGCGAUGCAUUUCUCAGCCAAUCAGCAGCCUGCCCAGCCGGUGGAUUCGGUUACAAGCCCAAGAUCACCCCAUACUCCUGCCUUUCUCCUCCUCCCGCAGCUCCAUUCAUUGGCCCGACAGACACCCAGGGCCUGCCGGGCAUUGCUUCCGAUCCAGCCUCAGCAGCUGCCUCCUGGGUAGCCAAAGGCAGGCCUCCAGGGGGCUUUGUCUGACCAGGCUGGCCUAGGACAGAAUGGGGUUUCUGGGGGUUCUGCUGGGGAUGCUGACUUUCCUAGGGGUUGCUCCCCGGGGCUCCCUCACCCUUCACUGGAACAGUACCUCCUGCUACUUGGUCAAGCUCAUCCCUGGUAGCCCUCCGGGCUCCCUGAGCUUCUUGGGCAAAGAUGCCCAAGGCCUGGCACUGUUCCAGGCCCUCUGGGAUGCUCACUACAGGCUGAAGGUAUGUAUCCGGCAGGAUGAACCUGAGCUCAUCAGAGCUUUCAGGGCCCUCUGUACUCGUGAGCCCUGGAGGCACUCCUUCAUCCACACCCCUGGACCUGAGCUGCAGAGAGCACUGGCCACUCUGCAGAGCCAGUGGGAGGCCUGUCAAGGGUCUGAGGCUAGUCCUACAGGAGCCAGGGAGAAGCGAGCAGCAGGGCAGAGUGGAGCACCAGACCGAGGGCAUGGUCGAAAGAGGAGAGGCUGGACCAUUCCUGGCACGCUGUGGUGUGGAGUUGGGAACUCUGCUGAGAACUCCUCAGAACUGGGUAUGUUCCACGGCCCUGACCUCUGCUGCCGGGAACACGACCAAUGCCCACAAACCAUCUCACCCUUGCAGUAUAGCUAUGGCUUCCGAAACUUCCGAUUCCACACCAUCUCUCACUGUGAUUGUGAUGCCAGGUUUCAACAAUGUCUGAGGAGCCAGCGUGAUUCUAUUUCUGAUAUCAUGGGCGUGGCCUUCUUCAACGUGCUGGAGAUCCCCUGCUUUGUGCUGAAGGAGCAGGAGGCCUGUGUGGCAUGGCACUGGUGGGGAGGGUGCAGGGCAUAUGGCUCAGUGCCCCUUGCUCAUCUUCAGCCCAGGACCUACUACAAUGUUUCCUGGAAGGCUACAGACGUCUCACCUACCCCCAGCCCCCAGAGUCCAGCCCCCAGCCAACACCCCCAGAAGAGGCUCCCAGAGCAGACACAAGCCGGGCACCAAAGCACAGCCACCACCGCCACGGCCUUCCAGACCCCUGCGGUCUCCUCCAUGCCUGAUAUGGUCGCCAGAGCCCAGCCAGGAGUCCCCCAUCCAGGCUAUCAGGGUGGCCCAAAACUUCAAGGUGCCCACCGAGUCUGUCGAACCCUUCGACACCUGGACCGGUGUGAACACCAGAUCAAGCCUCAGGAAACCAAGUUCCAUCUGCUCAAUGGUGCCCAGAUGCCCCUUUUCCAUUGCAAUUGCACCCGCCGCCUGGCACGUUUCCUGAGGCUCCACAGCCCACCUGCGGGCACCAACAAGGUUUGGGAGCUCCUGGGAACCACCUGCUUCAAGCUUACCCCCCAACUCGACUGUGCUGAAGACAAAGGCUGUUCCAGAGACCACAGGGCCAUCAAGGUGUCAGCUCGGCACUUGCGGAGGCUUCAGCAGAAACGGCUCCACUUCUGGGGUAACGGCACAGAAGGGACUCUGGCCUGGCCUCUGGAGCCUUCAGCGACCUCCAGGUCAUUCUACAGCCAGUGUCUACAACUAACCCCAGCAAUCUGGAGACCCGGUGGACAGAAGAAAUUCCGGAGCUCAUGACCUCAGGCUAGCAGCCUGGGUGCCAGCCUGGACCUCCUUCCUGGCUUUGCUAUGUUCUGAGAGGAACAGCAUGGCUCUUGUGGACAACAGGAGGCUUGAUGGGAGGAACCUCAGGGCCCGAAUGCUGGGCCACAUCUGCUGUCCUGGAGGACCUGGAGCUGGUGCUACAACUCCUGUGUCUGUGUUCAGGAGGCUCUUUCUGAAGCCUCGGGUUUAGACCUUGCCAGGAAACAUCACACACAGGUGGAAAUGGGGUACCAGAAGCAGGGACCUGACUGUCCCUGUUGCAAAAUGAACAUGUCUUGAGAUCUGCCCCGGGGAGCCUCAGCACCUGGCUGUGAGGCCUAGAGCUGCAGGUGGGAAAACAGAGCUCCAGCAGAAAUACCCGGAUGUGAAUCCAGCAUGGGGAGCCUCCUCGCAACUCUCCUCACUGGAGACCCCGUCUUUUAAUAGCUUCUGGGCCCUUCCUAGCCUGAACUAAUAUUUCUGCUCUAACUCUCAAUUGAAAUCUCCUCUGUGCCCUUGAGGAGUUAGGACAAAGGACCUCCUUUCUCCACUCUGAGCCUUAGUUUCCUCCUCUGAAGAGAGGAGGGAUUUUGUUGGUUUUGUUUUUUGUCUGAGCCAGGGUUUAAUUGUAGCCCAGGCUGGCUCUGGCUAUGUACACGAGUAUAACCUUGGACUUCUGAUCCACCUUCCUCUACCUCCAAGGGCUGGGAUUACAAGACUAAGCCAUCACACCAAGUUUUAUGUGGUCCUGGGGUUGCUAGGCAAGCAUGCAACCAACUUAGUUACACCCCCAGCCUGAAAAGGGGAGCCGUAAACAUGAACUACCUCAUAUGGCUGCUGAGGAGUAAGUGAAUUAAUAAACACAUAUACAACCAGUAAGCAUU